AUGGUUGAAUGUAGUCUUGAUGAAGUUCGUCAAUGGAAAGGAGAAUGGAAUGAAGCACGGAAAUAUUAUGAUCGUGCCUAUGAUCGAAUGAUAAAUUCUCAACCAGCACAGAACAACGACUUAGCUUAUGUACUCUUCAGAACAGGUGAAAUUCUCCAUGUCGACGGAACAUACGAAGAAGCUCAUGAUUAUUUUAUGGACGAACAUUGGCAAUGCGAAAGGAAAAUUAUUCAUCUUUUACGUUCAAGAGAUCAUCUGCAUCAAAUCGUCAACUGA